GCAGCGGGGGGUGGGGGGGAAAGUUUGCAUUGCAAUCCCCCUGCCUUCCUCUCCUUUCUCCCGAUCAAUGCAUAUUUGCCAAAGGAUUAAGCCACAGAUUUAAACGCCGGGAGCCCAUUUCUGCCGUGCAAAGGAGACGGACUGAAAAACCAAAAGCCUGCUCUGAUUUCUUUUCGCCAAGUGGGAAGGAUUUGAAGACAGCUUGAAGGAUAAAACGCCUUGGUGCUUCCCAGGCGCCGAGCCGAGGAGCCGAAGAGGAAGAGCCUGGGGCUGCCGUAGCCUUCGGAGAUGGACGAGCAGCCUCGGCUGAUGCAUUCCCACGCUGGGGUCGGGAUGGCCGGACACCCCGGCCUGUCCCAGCACUUGCAGGAUGGGGCCGGAGGGACCGAGGGGGAGGGCGGGAGGAAGCAGGACAUUGGAGACAUUUUACAGCAAAUUAUGACCAUCACAGACCAGAGUUUGGAUGAGGCGCAGGCCAGAAAACAUGCUCUAAACUGCCACAGAAUGAAGCCUGCCUUGUUUAAUGUGUUGUGUGAAAUCAAAGAGAAAACAGUUUUGAGUAUCCGAGGAGCCCAGGAAGAAGAGCCCACAGACCCUCAGCUCAUGCGGCUGGACAACAUGCUGUUGGCAGAAGGGGUGGCUGGACCAGAGAAGGGCGGAGGGUCGGCGGCAGCGGCGGCGGCAGCGGCGGCAUCUGGAGGCGCGGGCUCGGACAACUCAGUCGAGCAUUCCGAUUACAGAGCCAAACUGUCGCAGAUCAGACAAAUCUACCACACGGAGCUGGAGAAGUACGAGCAGGCAUGUAAUGAAUUCACCACCCAUGUGAUGAACCUGCUGCGGGAACAGAGCCGGACCAGGCCCAUCUCCCCGAAGGAGAUCGAGCGGAUGGUGAGCAUCAUCCAUCGCAAGUUCAGCUCUAUCCAGAUGCAGCUGAAGCAGAGCACGUGCGAGGCAGUCAUGAUCCUGCGCUCCCGGUUCCUGGACGCACGGCGGAAGAGACGGAAUUUCAACAAACAGGCAACGGAAAUUCUGAAUGAAUAUUUCUAUUCCCACCUCAGCAACCCUUACCCCAGUGAGGAAGCCAAAGAGGAGUUAGCCAAGAAGUGUGGCAUCACAGUCUCCCAGGUAUCAAACUGGUUUGGAAAUAAGCGAAUCCGGUACAAGAAGAACAUAGGUAAAUUUCAAGAGGAAGCCAAUAUUUAUGCUGCCAAAACGGCUGUCACUGCCACCAAUGUGUCAGCCCAUGGAAGCCAAGCUAACUCACCCUCCACUCCCAACUCAGCGGGUUCUUCCAGUUCUUUUAACAUGUCAAACUCUGGAGAUUUGUUCAUGAGCGUGCAGUCACUCAAUGGGGAUUCUUACCAAGGGGCCCAGGUUGGAGCCAACGUGCAAUCACAGGUGGAUACCCUUCGCCAUGUUAUCAGCCAGACAGGAGGAUACAGUGACGGACUCGCAGCCAGUCAGAUGUACAGUCCGCAGGGCAUCAGUACCAUAGAUUUCUGAAAAGGAUCAUAAUUUUGUGCCCAAGCCCUCAACUCAAGCCUGGUACAUAGCUAAUGGAGGUUGGCAGGAUGCUACUACCCCUUCAUCAGUGACCUCCCCUACAGAAGGCCCUGGCAGUGUUCACUCUGAUACCUCCAACUGAUCUCCCAGCAAUCGCAUCCCGGCUGACCCUGUGCCACAGUUGGGGCAGGGGCAGGAGGGAGGGUUUCUCUCCCAACGCUGAAGCGGUCAGACUGGAGGUCGAAGCAAUCAGCAAACACAAUAAGAGUCUCCUUCUCUUCUCUUCUUUGGGAUGCUAUUUCAGCCAAUCUGGACACUUCUUUAUACUCUCUUCCCUUUUGUUUUCUGGGUAGAAGCCGCCCUUCCCUGCCUCCAGCUGCCAGCCUGGUUUCUGUCAUCUUCCCUGCCCCCUGCCCUCUGUCCUAGACUCCCGGGAUUCCUGCCCUCGAUUAUAUCACUGAAGGAUAUUUUCAACAAUUAGAGGAAUUUCAAAAGGAAAAUCAAAUUACAAAGAAAAUAAACGUGUUUGUAUGUUUUCGUGCUGGUGGUUUGAGGAGCCAAAUUUACCUCAUUUGGAUCCCUAAUCCCUACAUUGACAGGCAAUCCUUCUGUUCCUCUUCUUACUCUCACUACCUCUUAGCAGGAAUAUGCCACCUUGCCCUACUCAUUCCAGGCCACCUUGUCUUCUCUUCUCCUCCUUGGGGACAAUCUUGAUUUCUUCUCUUCCUUCCAACCCCAGAUAUUUGUUGGGGGCUUCCCUAGCUGAGCGUCUAAAGGUGUCGCAUUCCCAGGCAGGAAGAGAGGCAGCAGGAGAGGGACAGAGAGCAUCAAGGGCAGAGUUCCUCCCAGCUUUCUCUUCCUCCUAGAAAUAAAUAGAUCUCGGUUUCAGAGGCACAGUCUUUGAAGACCAAGAAACAUUUAGGUAGCAAGGUUCAGAGCCCACUGCAAACCAGCCAGGUCUGAGUGAGGCUUGGUCAUUAAUGCAUCAAUAAGGAGUGGAAGCUUCUCAUCCUGAAAGACUUCAACUACCCUAUCACACACAUAUACACAUACACAACACACAUAUAGAUACCCAGUCUCACAUCUUUGCUGUCCCAAGAUGUUAGGUGCAAAGAUAUACAUUAGCAUUCAGAUCACUCUACCUGGUCAACCUGGGAUGGAAUCAGCUAUUCUAAGGAUGUCUGACACAGAGAAGCAAAAUGUCUGGGGCUUCUAGAAUCUGCCCAUGUGCACUUACCAGAAUAGUGUGCAUAAGACUUGAUCUUGGUGAAGAUUCGGUGUCAGGUGUAAACUUUCCCCAUCCCUACCACCUUGGGAGCUCUCAGGAAGCCACACUUGAGACUUACACUGACUAUAAUGGAUUUGGUGGCUUUAAUUUUGUUUUCAUAUUGGGCACAUCGUAUUAACUACACAGAACAUGAUGCUAUACUGUGGUCUUGAGCCUAGCUUCUUCCUCUGGAGCAAAGAAAGAACAAUGUAAGAAUGUGAUUCAGGUGAGCUUUUGCUAGCUUAAUUUGAAAACAGAAGAGUCAUUGGAAAAUGGAGUAAUAUUUCCACUUAAUCAAAGUGAUCUAUGUUCCCUAUCAUUGCCUGACAGAAAAUAGCAACAUAAAGCUAUUCAUGACGCUGUCUGAGCUUCAAUCCUUCAGAGCCAACUCUGCAAGUAGCAAAUAGGGCAGCUGAGCCAGCUGACUUGAGUGGCAAGUGGUCACAUGUAAGGACCUCAUUCUCUUCAUCUAUAAAAUGGGAAUUGUCAGGCACGGUUCACCAAGAAGCUUGUACAUGACCCUAGGAAUUGAUUUUGCUCAUGAAGUGCAGGUAUGAAGUCAGUGGAAACAGUGUCCCUAAGAUAAACUCUUUCAUGCUAAGUUGGGACAAUAAUUUGUUUUCUUAUUCUAACUUCAAGUUUCCGUCACUACCUUGGUGUCUUCACCAUGGUAAUAGAAAAGAGAUUUUUGUUUAGGCUUUCUGGUCUGCUUGGUUUCUUUGGUUAGAAAAGAGCUUCCAAACUAGAAAAGUAAGACCCGGCUCUAUUAGUUUGCAUCUGAAUCCAAUGUAUGGUCUUUAUCACACCUGCUAUGAUUCAGGGCCUUCCAGGGACAAGCACAAGACCUUGAGGGCUGUCUUUUUCCCUGCAGACCAGUCACAAAUUCUGGUUGAAACAACAGCAAUGAUUAGGAAACACCCCUUUGUGUGUGGUGUGGUGUGGUGUGUGUGUGUGUGUGCGUGCGUGCGUGCGUGUGUUUGCUUGGGGAAGUCAGAGUGCUAUCUAGGAAACUUCUGGAUAUAAGUAUUUGAAGGUAAUGAGAGUAUUUCUAAAUAACCAAGGUCUCUAGAAAGACUGUUUCUACUAACCUGUGUCCUAAUCAGAACAGGGCUAGAUGAACAGGGUACCUAGAAAUAGGGUCUUUGUAGAACUCCCUAGUGAUGAGAGCCAGUGGCGAACUUUGUCUUAGAGGUAGGACUAUAUUGAAGCUACUCACAGGAAUAUGGUUGGACCACAUCCCUUGACAUGGAGCAAACUGUACAAGAGACACAGAAGGCUUCUCUUGGAAACAAGGAGAAUGAAUCCAGAUUUGGAGUAAAUGCCACCUUCAGUUACUGAAAACUAUCCAAGUGCUGCUGCAUUUACACAAGCAGUUGCUCUCAGACAGUAGUUUGCAUCCAUCACACAGUACCCUUCCCAUGCAGCACUUCACCCUUUAGAUCAGACUCUGCCCACAGCCUGCCCUCCACACCCACUGCCGCUUCCAACAUGGCUGCUGCAGAGCCUCUGAGGGGUGAAGCGAGGCUCCCAGGAGAACCCUGGCAGCCACAGGGUUAGGGUGGAAUGGACGUGCCUCUAGAAACAGCUCUCUGGGAAUGCAUUUCAGGUCAACCCCACAGACCCCAAAAUGUGCCCCAGGAUUCAUUCACCUUUCUAGUGCAAGUGGGAGCACUCUUUCUUCCUGGACAGAGCAUUGCCCCCCGAGAAAUGAUAGCAGACCUUAGCCUGUACUGCAGCUCUUCCAUUCUGUCUUCCUCCUCAUCCCUCUGGAGCAGGGUGGAAUCCUGGACAGGACCUUACCCACCGGCACCUUCUGCCAGGUUACUUCGUCUUUCACUGUGGUGGUUGAACUUGAUUUGCUGGUUGCCUUUUCUCUCACCUGUCUCCCCCAACCCCACUUUCCUUCUCUUUAUUUUUCUGCCCAGAAAAAUCCUGACUUCGAUACCAAAAAAGAUAAAACUACAGAAACUCAAAUUUAAAAAAAAAAAACUUAAAAAAAACAAAAAAAUACUCAAUGAUUCUUUCAGCUUUAUUAACAUUUUCCAUUGUUUCUUGCGACUUGUGUCUCGUUCUUUGUAGUAAUGAUGACGAACAUUUGAUAAUGAAUGUUCUUGUAUAUUCAGAUAAAGGAAAAAAAAAAACCAAAAAAGCGGUCUGAAUUUAAUAGUGUUUAUAAUAAAAAUUUAAAAAAUGACCCUCAUAGCACGCAAAACAGGAUGGGGACUGCCCCUCUUCUGUGACAAUGCAUCAUUCCUGCAUUAGUUUUAACACCAAACUACCUACGCUCGUCAUUUCCCCCAUUUUCUUUUUAUUUUCUUGCAUUUGUGAAUUAGUUCAAGAAUGCUAGAAAAGUGUCGAGUUGUGCACAUCCAUUUCUUGUUUCACAAUGUUUAAAAGUGACAGUAAUUCAUUUUGUAAACUAAAAAAAAAGGUUGGAAUAGUGAGCAUAAUAGGUACAGCCUAACACGUUAUAAUUAUGAACUUUGAGACCCAGAAAUAAAUUCUUCUUUUUCUUUGUUCCUGAUCUCAAAGAUAUGAAAAAAGGUGUUAUUUUUGAUUUGUUUAUUUGAGGGGGUUGCUUUUUUAAUUGUCAGGAUUAUGGUCAUGCUGUUUUAAUUCCUUCAAUAUGUAUGCGAGGUGAUGUGAAAAGAAGACAUUGGGGCUGUUUUCUCAUCCUACUUACCUGCAGAAUUCUGUGAAUGUCAGGAACAAAGCUAAUGCCCAUGUUGAGGUGGCCUUGCUUACUUGUGUUUCCAGAGUAUGUGGUACCCCUACUUUAGUCCCUGAGAAAAAUAAACAGGGGCUUUCUUCCCCUUUAAAAAUGCCAGGACUCUGUCCGGGGUGGGGGAGUUAUAUGGUAGAGAAAGGUCCCUGUUGGUUCUGAAUGUCACAAUCCAGAGCUUGCUUUCUUUAUGAUUAACAUCAACAUUCCAUGAGGCCUCUUCCAACCAAAGAGGAAUCCUCUAGAAGGUGUUGAUGUGAUGGACACUUUUGGCUAAGUAAGGUAGAUGCAGGACGGGAGGCCUGGGGCCAGUCAGGUGUGCUGAUCCCAGGUCUGGAGUUUGGUGGCAGUUGUAGAUCCAGUCUCAGUGUCACAGUUGUAAUGCUAAGAGGCUGUGUUAGAUUCACUGGCAGUAUUCUUGACAGUAACCUCCAUAAUGUCUUCAAGCAAAUCAUAAGGCAGGCUGGGUUCCAAAUGUUUUUAUUAGUUAUUGGAAAAAUGAAAGUCAUAUGGUCUGGAUAAAAAUUAAUUUUAGACCCUACUCAUUCAACACCUUAGCUGUUCAGAAUGCAGCCAGAAUUUAGGCAGGAAAUAGGAGAAAAUAAUACAGAGUCAUGGAGCAGUGCUUUCUGAGGCAUUUCCACCCAAACACAUGUGCUCUUAUAUUAUGUCAUGACAAAAUAGCAAGCUUUUCACAUCACCUCCGUGGUUUGGAUUCCCUAGCUCAAAGCUUUCUGGAAACUUUUAUUUUUUUUUUUUUGUAAACAUUUUUCUUUUGUUAAAAUAAAUAAAACAUUGAAUGUUUUCCCCCUUUUCUCUCUUAUUACUUCUUUUCUUCCCUUUGGUGGUUUUGUUUUGAAGUGCUUGCCUUUGGUUGUUGGUUUUCUUCUCCCCUCCUUUUUUCCUAGUAUUGAGUAUAAACCUGCAAAAGCUCUGCUCUGUUUUGGUUCUAAACGUUUAAGCUUUUCUGCUUCUGUGAGAGCACAGGCUUCUGUCCCUUCAGGUUCCAACUGAACUUUUGUGUUCUCUAAUGAUACUAACACGGUGUAGGAUUUACAGUCUCCUAAUUUGUACUGGUAAUGCAUAUUCCAAAUAAAUAGUUUCUUUUGUUGCAAAA